ACGGCGGAUCCAAUCCAAAGAAGGGCAUUGCCGUCAUUUCACGUAUUAAAUGAAUCUCGACUCGCGCCUGGAUGGAUCGUCAACGGCGUACGGAAGCGGUGAUGAGAGAGAAGGACCCGAAUUCUCCGCCUAUCCAAGAGGCAGUUUUGGACCUUCUCGCGUUGUUUUAGAAAUCUAGGUUUCUUCGAUUCCGCUUUUAGGGUUCUUUCCUUGUUUUUUGUCCCCGAUUUUUAGCAGAGGUAUUCCAGAUUUGGAGGCGAUUUCGUAUUCUGGGGAGGGGAUUAAUCAGAUCUGGAAGUGAUUUUGGAGUUUUUGGAGCCUUGGGUUUGGAAAUACAGAGAACGGGUUUGGGUUUUUGGUUAGCGUCUUCUUGAAUUGGGGCUGGUGCUAUUGGAUCUGAUGAUGGCGGAGGAAACAACGACAUCGCGUUACGUGAAGCUUACCAAGGAUCACGAUGCGCCGAUGGAGGAGAUUCGGCCCGGCGAGCUCAAUCAGCCCGUUCAAGUCCCUCAGUUGGAGGUUCAUAGAUGUCAUGAGUGUGGACAACCCCUUCCCGAGAGUUAUGAGCCCCCUGCUGACGAACCUUGGUCAACUGGGAUUUUUGGAUGUGCUGAAGAUACAGAUAGUUCCAAACAAUUCAUUGUCUCUUAUGUGAGGUACUUAUUCUUAAUACUUCUCCCUAUUUCUACUAUGAUAUGGAUGUAUAAUGUUGAUGUUAAACUACUAUCCUGGUGCUUUGUGCCUACAGGUUGGACUGGAUUGUUCUGCCCCUGUGUAUUGUUUGGUCGUAAUGUUGAGAACUUGAGAGAAGACAUUGAAUGGACCAAACCAUGCAUUUGUCAUGCUAUUUUUGUCGAAGGUGGCCUUGCACUUGCAGCUGCAACAGCACUGAUGGUCCAUGGCAUUGAACCUAGAACGACUUUCCUGAUUGGUGAGGGCUUAGUGUUUGCUUGGUGGAUGUGUGGCAUCUAUACUGGUCUUUUCAGGCAAUCUUUACAGAAGAAAUAUCAUCUCAAGAACUCUCCUUGUGAUCCAUGCAUGGUACAUUGCUGCAUGCAUUGGUGUGCUAUCUGUCAAGAGCACAGGGAAAUGAAGGGACGGCUUUCUGAUAACGUCAUGAUGCCCAUGACCAUGGUAAACCCUCCUCCUGUGCAGGAAAUGAACACGUCUGAAAGCCGAGAAUCAAUGGCAUCUGAGAACGGUGUCCAACAUACCAAUCUGGAGAUGCGGCCUUUGUAAUGUUUCAGAAAAAUAGAACAUAUGUGCGGUUCAGAACACCCAUUUUGGUGUAUCCCUUCUGUUUUUGUUCCUUUUUUUUUCUUCUUUUUUUCUUUUUUCCUUUGU